CUCCUCCCCCCGCCCCCGCCUCACAAGCGGGAGGCGCCUCGCUCCGCCAUCGCCUCCCGCCUCCCUUUCCCUCUCCCGCCUUCGUCCCUGAGGGAGGCUGAGGCGGCGGCGGCUCCAUUCCUCCCUCCGUGACACACCGGGGCCGUCACCGCAUGUCUGCCCGCCCCCCCGAGUAGGAACCAGCACAAAGUAUAAUGUGUGAAUAUUACUGACAUCAUGACAGCUGUUAGACAGAGAAAGGGAAUAAAAGCCACAGAAGUUUCAGAAGAGAGUGUAUUCCACGAGAAGAACUGGAAACUUAAUGGGAAAACUCUAGCUGGUGGAAAAUUGUGGAAGAAACUUUCACUCAUCGUUGGUGGAAUCGUUGGCAUAACUCUGGGAAUCUUAACUUCUGUUUAUGUUGCUACACUACAUGAAAAUGAUCUGUGGUUCUCCAACAUCAAGGAGGUAGAGCGGGAGAUUUCAUUCAGGACAGAAUGUGGCCUGUAUUACUCUUAUUACAAGCAGAUGCUACAAGCUCCAUCCAUUCAACUAGGUUUACAUCGCUUGAUGUUUGACAAUAAAACUGAGUCCAUGAGGACAAUUAACAUACUUGAAAGAAUGAAUGUUUACCAAGAAGUCUUUCUCAGCAUUCUGUAUAGGGUUUUUCAUAUGAAUAAUUUUUUUGAACCUGUUUAUUUUUACAUCUACACAUUGUUUAGCCUUCAGGCAGUCUAUGUUGCUGCUCUGUAUGUGACCAGCUGGCUUCUCAGUGGAACUUGGCUUUCAGGUGUAUUAGCAGCCUUCUGGUAUAUCACAAACAGAACAGAUACCACCCGGGUGGAAUUCACCAUUCCGUUAAGAGAGAACUGGGCACUGCCAUUCUUUGCUGUUCAGAUAGCAGCAAUUACAUUCCUCUUCAGAUCUCAUCUGCGACCCACUCAUGAAAGGCUGACACUUCUGGCAGUAUUUAUUUCAACCUUCCUCUUCAGCUUGGCUUGGCAGUUUAAUCAGUUUAUGUUGUUGAUCCAGGCACUGGUUUUGUUCACACUUGACUGUCUUGACUUGCUUCCUAGAGGAAAGGUGACCUGGAUCUACAUAAUACAGGUGGCUAGUUUGCUGCUUGUUUGCCUCCUACAGUUCUUUAAUUCCAUGAUAGUGGGAUCAUUACUUAUAAGCUUUAAUUUGUCCACAUUGUUAGCAAGAAAACUCCAGAAUAACCUGAAAACUGGUGGCUUCUUUAGCAGGCUUGGGAAGCUCUUCCUUCACGUACUUUUAGUGCUGUGCUUGACAUUUCUUGUAAAUAAUUUUAUUAAGAAAGUUCUUAAUCUGGAGUCAGAUGAGCAUAUAUUUAAAUUCCUGAAGGCAAAGUUUGGAUUUGGAGCAACAAGAGAUUUUGAUGCUAACCUGUACCUGUGUGAGGAAGCUUUUGGUCUCUUGCCUUUUAAUACUUUCACAAGACUUUCGGGCACUUUAGUUUUCUAUGCCUAUAUAUUUGUGCUCUUGGUGAUGACCAUAACAUCUGCUGUGGUUGCUUUUCAAAAUCUCAGUGGCUCUGUGAACAACAAACCUGCAGAUAAACUGCAAAAGUGCAUAACUCUGCUGAAACCAGGUGUUGCUUACAAUUUAGUGCACACCAUUCUGUUUGGAUUGCUGGCUUUGAGCACAAUGAGGAUGAAAUAUCUUUGGACUUCCCACAUAUGUGUGUUUGCAGCUUCUGGUCUGUGCAGUUGUGACAUGUGGGGGCUGAUCUUGAGAUUUGCCCAUCUUUACACACCGCAAAGGGUAUCUGUGAUUAGAUAUCUGACACCAGUACUCAUAUUACUGUAUCUUUGUUACAAGUUCUGGCCUGGUGUGAUGGCUGAGCUGUCGGAGCUGAGGGAAUUCUAUGACCCAGACACAGUGGAGCUGAUGAACUGGAUUAAGUCUAACACCCCCAAGAAGUCAGUGAUUGCUGGAAGCAUGCAGCUCUUAGCAGGCGUCAAGCUGUGUACAGGAAGGAUUUUAACAAAUCACCCCCACUAUGAGGACAAGAGCCUGAGAGAAAGAACAAAACAGGUUUAUCAGGUGUAUGCAAAAAGAUCUCCUGAAGAAGUCCACAGGAUCCUCAGAUCUUUUGGGACUGACUUUGUGAUCCUGGAGGACAGUAUUUGUUAUGAAAGAAGACACAGCAGGGGCUGUCGGCUGCGUGAUCUUCUGGACAUAGCAAAUGGCCACACCAUGGAUGGUCCUGGGGAGAAUGAUCCUGAUUUAAAACAUUCGCCACAUCCUCGCUUCUGUGAGGAAAUCAAACGAGACCUGCCUUCAUACACAAUGUAUUUUGCUAAAGUAUUUCAGAACAAAACGUUCCAUGUUUACAAGCUCGCUAGACAUAAAAAGACUACGUAGCUUUGCUGUGACCGCAGCAACUCAUGCCAAGAGUUUACAGAAACGGUUCAUGGGGCGAGGUGGAAUCAUUGUACACUGGGUUAAGUGUUUUACCUUUUAAUUACUGUGAUCAUUAGAAAGGGUUUGUGCUGAUAAUGUUUUUAUGUGUCCAGAAAGCUUUUCUAGACUACAGAAGGCUGGUUCAGAAAGGGCUCUGGUGCAGACACUGUACAAGUGGUGUGGUGCAAGCUCCACCCUGAUGUCUUCAGUGUCAUGUGGGAGUGACUCUUUUGUGAAGCAUGAUGGCACAUCCCCCAUGAAAACGAUGCUCAACAUACAGAGAAGGGGGGUGGAGUCUCACCUGCAUUGCACUCAAAGCUUACUUACCCAGGACCUCUGUGGACCAGCUGUUGUGUCUUUCCAUCUACUGCUAAUCUAGGGGAGUCUGCUCAGGGUUCUGGCUUGCUAACAUGAUCCUGUUGAUACCAUUAGUGUCUUGUUGUUGCUUCUUCGGUUAUUUUCCUUAGGGUGCUUGGGAACACCAAUCCAAAAACAUUUUCUUGGGAGUAGUUUCUCCAGAUUUUUCUUGGUGCUUUUUCCAUGGUUGCUUAAGCAUCACAGACUAAUCUUCUGAUGUCUCAGCCCUCAACCCAGAUCCCAGAGCUUUGCUGCCAAAGUGCUUAGGGUGUAUAUACCAGUGACCUUUUCCUUUUCUAAUGCUAGGACCCAGAUGUGAGCUUUGUAAUAGCCAUCAGCAAUGCAAUGCUUUUGGUAACCUUCCCUUCACACGCACACCCUGCUCUCCCUUGCUUCUCUCUCAGACAGCACAGCUCUGAGGAUACUUGGCCCUCUGCUGACAAGGAUGGAGCUGCCAGUCUCUUAGCAGCCACUGUGCAGCUGAGGGCAAAGUAACCCAAGAACAUCCCUGCGUACAGUUUUGCUCUUAGCAGGAACUAAAAAGUGAGGAUUUUCCCCAGCAGGGACAGCUAUGCUGUUCUUGCCACAGCAUUGUCUUUGUGCCAUUGCUCAUCCAACACCGGGUCCUUAAUUUUUGCUGCAGGUUGAUCUGCCCGAAAGCAAAGCUCUGGGCUUUGUGUGAGUGCUGUUGCUGAAGACCAUAGUCCAGCAAAAGGCUUGCGUCCGUCAUUUGAACAUUGCUCCCCUUCCUCAUUGUAUGGUACUUCUCAAGCUCUCUUGACUUUCAAACACUUGUUGCUCAGCAUUCCAUUUGUAAUGUUUGGUGGCUGCUUGUUUUACCUGUGGUUCCACACUUGAUGACUGAUUUUUGUGUGUGGUUUUCAAACUUCGAAGACUGGAGCAUGUUGGGCUUCCUCGUUUUUCUUUUGAUAAUGUAGCAUGUUGUGGCGUCCUUUCAGAGGAGCUUUUACAAACAAGCAAAAUCCACCCCCAUGUCCCCUCCUGCAUAUUACAAUGUUCAAUUACUGUAUUAUGUUCUCCCACCCCCCUUCUAAGUGUGUCUUUUUAAGUAAGAAUACCAAACCCAAGAGAAACACUGUCAUGAGCUUCGUUAUUAAAAGUGGUAGGAUAUAUUGUGCUUUAAGGGAGAUUUUUGCUUUAUUGUAUGUGACAAGUACUUACACGAACCAUUUCCUCUCAAAGAUCCUCCCCCCCCCUUCAAUGUUUUUCCCCUCCUUACUUGGACAAAAAAACAACAACCCCAUGAAUCAUGUUCCUUAUGUUGAAGCAAAUAGAUUUCACAUUUUUGUACUUUUAUGAAGACUAUCAACUUUAUAAUGCUGUGCUUUUUUAUUAAAAAAAGUCACUGUGAUGUUUUUAAAGCUAA